UGUGGGUAUAUUGAAGGUCUGAUAAUUUGGAUCUAAAAUAUAUCUAUAUAAAAUACAGAGAAAAGAAAAGCCAAGAAAAAGUGUCAUUUCGCGGAAACGGUUUCUGUUAUUGAAUUAGUACACAUACGCAUUUUACGAAAAUAUUCGUAAUAUAUUUAUUUUGUUACUAGUGAGAAACUUAAUUCGUCAAAACGGGUAUUCAACGAACAAUGAGUGAUGAUGAUCGCGACAUUGAUGUUGAAAGCGACGAAGGAGAAGACUCCGACUCUCGGCAGCAAAGUCUCAGGCAGUCGUCAAACAGCCAGUAUUAUUCACAGGCAGAAAAGCGAGCACAUCAUAAUGCCUUGGAAAGGAAAAGAAGAGACCACAUAAAAGAUAGUUUUAGUAGUUUGAGAGAUUCAGUACCUGCUCUUAAUGGGGAAAAAGCUAGUAGGGCCCAAAUUUUAAAAAAAGCCGCUGAAUAUAUACAGUUUAUGAGAAGAAAAAAUAAUGCCCACCAGCAAGACAUUGAGGACCUCAAAAGACAAAACAGUUUACUUGAAGCACAAAUACGAACACUGGAAAAGGCUAAAACAUCAAAUUCUUUUGGAUUGGAAAAUUCUGUUGGAAAGGACAGUAGUUUUAAUGAAUCUGAAUCUGAUACAUCAGACACAGAGAGUUCAUUACCAAGACGACACAAGAAAUUGAAAGUUGGGGCAUACCACUGACUAAUUAUAGCAAUGAUGAAUUAUGUGACACUGAUAAAUUGAUGUCGUAAGUGUUAAAAAUCACUUGAACAAUAUACUUGUACGUUUUUUUUUUAUUACAGAGGGUAAAAUUGUAGGUAAACAGCUUUUCUUUAUGUUAACAUCAACUAGCCAAUUAAAUACAAAAAAUUAUAUUACUCUCAAAAAACGUUAAUUAAGACAUAUAUGUACAUAAUAUUUAAUACAAAACACUUCAUUGCCCUUCUGCAGGAAAGUAUUGUAGAAUAAAUAAUACUAAAUAUUGUAUAUUCUUGUUUAGUGAUAUAUAUUAAAAAUCUCUUCCAUUGUGUUGAAACAAUGUUGUACAAUUAUCUAAAACUUAUUAGUUUAAUAAAUUUUGUUUUUAAAGCACGUUAUUUAUACAAGGUGUACUGCAAUCAUCACAUAAACCAGUAGCUUACACUUUGUGACAGAAAAUGAAAAUCCAAGAGGACAACCUGUAUAUGUGCUACUCCUUGCUCGCUUGCUGUAUACUCCAUAGUAAUAUUGGUUGAUUAUGUUGGUAAGACAAUUUAAACUGCUCAUUACAAAUCUAUGUUACAGAUUACAAUCUUAUAUUAUCUAUGGCACUUUAUAGCAUAGAUUGUUUUACACAUCGACGUUUACUAAUGGACAUGCCUUAGCGAUCAGAAUUGUGGUACAACAAAAGAAAGAGAUGGAACGAAGUUUCGGACAAUAUUCAUCUCUCUUACGAUAGUGCGUAAGCGUGUCAUGAAAGAGAUAACACUAGUUCUAAACCAUACACCAUCUCCCUCACUUUUCGACCCAAGAAAUUAUAACAACGAUAUACGGCUAAGGCACGUCCAUUAAUAUAUGUCUAUGGUUUUACAAGCAUCAGUUGUUUAGAUGUCUAUGAUUGUUUACAGUUUGAUGUGUGAAAAACAAAACAUGUAAUACAAGUUAAAUUUGUAUAUUUAAUGAUUGAUUACCAAAAGCAACAAAUUAAUUUAUCUAAUACUUCAAAUGCAGAUUCUUUGAGCA